CGCUGGCUCGGAGCAGAAAUUAUGGCCGUCGAGAUGCAAACGGACGAUUUCCCUUAUUUACCUUCGGGGCUGGCGGAGGUAAAUAAGAUGAUAAAGGAGCAUAGCGACCUGUUUUCUGACUCCCAGUGUAAAGUCUGCAGUGCUGUCCUAAUUUCGGAGUCUCAGAAGUUGACUCAUUAUCAGAGCAAGAAACAUGCCAACAAAGUGCGCCGUUAUCUUUCCAGCCAAAAUGAGAAGGAGCCAGCGGUCAAAAAGUUCAAGUCACCAUCUGAGAGUGACUGUAACAACGGAGACAGCGACCGGUCUAAGGCGUGUCAUUUAUGUGACAUGACCUUCUCCUCUCCUGUGAUGGCCGAAUCUCACUACCAGGGCAAAGUUCACGCCAAGCACCUGAGGCUGAAAACCUUUGGUCCCCAGGCCCCAGCAGUAGCCUCACAAACACCACCAACAGCGCAGCCUAAGAAGAAACCUGCAGAUGAUUCGAGCGGCAUGCCGGCGAUGGGCGGCAACAACAACAACCCGGACCGCUUCUGCUCAAUCUGCCAGGCCUCCUUCAACAACCCACUCAUGGCCCAGCAGCACUACGUGGGCAAGAAGCAUAGAAAACAGAUGACCAAGCUGAAACUGAUGGAGACGUACGGCCCCUCCACUGCACCAGGUCAGGCCACAGAACCAGCUUCCACAGUGAAGGGCUACCCGUGCACCGUCUGCAACCUUGAGCUGAACUCCGUGGAGCAGUACCAUUUUCAUAUCAGUGGUGCCAAACAUAAGAACCAAGUGAAAAAAUCACGCCGGAACACUGCAGAGAACCAAGACGCAGCAGAACAACCGUACGAGGCCGACAACCAGUCCGCUGGCGGAGACAACCUGUGCACUGCGGCAGACGACCAGUACGCUCCCGGGGAUGACCAGUACGCCCCUGGGGAUGACCAGUACGCCCCCGGGGAUGACCAGUACACCCCUGGGGAUGACCAGUACGCCCCCGGGGAUGACCAGUAUGCCCUGGCAGAUGACACACAGUACGUAGCCGAAGAUAACCAGUACGCUCCGGAGGACACAGAGUACUCAGAGGAGGACCAAUUUACUUGAGACUGGGCUGGUCUAGACUGCAGAGGUUUCAGUCAGGACUUGGAAUGACACACAACAACCAGCCCCCGUUAACACAUUAACAUCAAGCUCCAUAGACCUCAGUAGGCUUUCAUCUGGUAAACAGAGUCAUCUGGACCUUGGAAUACCCCAGCGUGCUAUUUUAUUAUUUUCAGUUCCCAAUUGAAACAAUUGAAGUUCUUUCCUCAAAUGAAUCAAACUUGUGAAUAGGUGAAAGGACGGGACACAGUAAUACUUUUUAAGUUAAAUUAAAAAAAGAGAGUCGUCUUCUGUUACAAACUUGAACUGACUGGAGAAAGUCAAAGUCCAUUAGGGCUGGGUAUCAUGUGAAAUAAGUUUUCUAAAUUCUUCUUUCAUGUGACAAAAGAAGCUUUGCAAAGUCAUUUAUUUAACAACAAUCUGCAGUCAGCAACCAGCAAAAUUCAGAUUUUCAUUAAAUGAGACACGUACUGAGUUGUGUGCAGGCAGAGGUAGACCUAACAGCAGAGUACUAAUGACAGGCUGGCUUUAUUUCUGCCGAUAUCAGUAGAUUAACAUAUGCUCUGCCCCGAUACCAGCCCUGAUACUAUUCUUAGUAUCAGCUCAGGACCGCUGUAGUACACAUCAACGUAAAAACAGCAGAAAGUCUAAAUCCAGAAACUCUGUUUAAACUUUGGUAUAGUCAGGCGGAUACAGAGUGGGAUAUUGUUAUCAUUUAGCCCUGACUAACAUGUAACCAAUACUAACAUCUAGUAUGAGCGCCACAUGUUAUCAAUGAACAUUCAAAGCAAAGCUGCUUUUCACCUCACUUUUCUCUGCAACUGAAUAGAGUUGUUUUGCAUCUCCAGUGAAUGUAUUUAUUGAAACAUCUUCGCUAUGAAAUGCCAGUAAAGUCAAUAUUAAAUAAGUAAAUAUGUACUUAAGUAAACCAGUCUUUGGUAUAAAUCCUGAAAUGAAUAAAUGAGGCAAUAAAUAUGUAGAUAAGUGUAAUUAUAAAUAUGUAAAUCAUACAAUAUAGUUCAAUAAAUAGGUUUUUAUUUUAAAACUUUUUUUUCAAAGGACUGCUUUUAUUUAUUUCAGGGUACUUUUAUUUCAUAAUACCGCAUCAGUUUCUCACCCCAUUCAUCUGGAUGAAAAAAAAAGAUAAAAUAAAUAGGGAUGCGUAUUUUAAGUAAAUUUCAUAUUUGAGAACUUCCAUCAACUUCCUUCACAUAAGAAAUUUCAGCCAUCUUUCUGUUGCUGCCAUUAACGUUAUGUUAUAUAGGUUAGAAUCAGCACUAAAGGGCAGUUAAGGAGCCGCUCUCCUCAGUUUAAUGUCUGCACAGUUAGCAGGAGCUAACUUGGUAGAAGCAGAUAGCAUCUGACACCGAGUUGCUUAACGAGCCCAAAUACUGAUAUCCAAAUAAGUACUCGAGUACUCAUGCCCAUCCCUAAAAUUAAUAUAAGGAGUCCUUUGAAAAAUGUGUCUUCAAAAAAUAAAAACCUAUUCAUUUAGCUAUUGAACAACAUUGCCACAUUUAUAUAUUUAAAUUUAUUUUUAUAUUGCCCCAUUUAUUUGUUCCAGGAUU